UUAAGUACUAUUCGAUAAGGUUAUUUGCAAAAGAUAGUUGGAUUACGGUGUUCAAAAUAUUUUUAUGUCAACUGUAAUCGCCGUGCUUCAAGAUGCCGAGAAGUCGGAGCAGUUCCAUAUCUAACAUGGAAAUUGAGGAGCCGGUGACACGGAAACCCGGGCUGUUUGGCGGGGACAGCAGAAGGACAUUUAUGGUUAUUUCUGGAAUAUUUGCCAUAGUUGCAGUUCUUACACUUGUCAUUGUCCUGCCUGUAUACUACACUGUGAUAGAACCUGGUAAAGGAACGGAAAAACCUAUCACGGAAAACCCUAUUAUUACCGAACCGCCUCCGACCGAAGAAACAACAACUGUUCCCAUUGUAGAAGCAGAACGAGUCGAUUGCUAUCCCGAUAAUUCAACGGCAAACGAAGAAGAUUGUGUUCAGAGGGGAUGCACAUGGUCACCAAGUGAAGAAAACGCGAACGCACCACCAUGCGUUUACGCUGGUCCUAGAGCUUAUAUGACAGAGGGGGAAACUACUUCGACAGAUUCUGCCAUUACAACUGUGUUGGUAACGACAACAACAGCUCGACGUGAAGUCAGAAAUGCUGUAAAGUCAGCGCCAAAUCAUUUUGGAACACUUUUCCCCAAACUUACCGUUACUACAACAUUUGUAUCUGAAACAACUUUACGUGUAAAGAUUGUGCCGGAUGAAGAAAGAUACGAAGUGCCGUUAGAUCACCCAGCAAAUAUUGAAAUGCCGAGUGACGCUUUGUUUUCAGUCGAUCACGUGAUUACAGACGGAAAAUUUGGUGUCAAAGUGCAAAGAGUCUCGGAUUCAAAAGUUAUAUUUGACACUUCUGUUGGAGAAAUGAUGUUCGCGGAUCAAUUUUUACAAAUUUCAACUCGCGUGGCUUCUGAAUAUAUCUAUGGAUUCGGCGAACAUAUGCAUGAAACCUUCAAACAUGAUAUGAAUUGGAAAACUUAUGGAAUGUUCUCAAGAGAUCAGGGGGUCGGGCCGAAUGUCAAUCUUUAUGGAGUUCAUCCGUAUUUCAUGUGUAUGGAGGGAGAGGGGCACGCAUAUGGAGUAUAUUUUGUCAACAGUAAUGCUAUGGACGUUACACUUCAGCCAGCCCCGGCAAUUACGUACAGGAGUAUCGGUGGCGUAAUGGACUUCUAUAUUUUUCUUGGACCUUCGCCGGAGCAAGUCACCGAGCAAUACACAUCCAUAAUAGGUCGACCUUACUUCCCACCCUACUGGUCUCUCGGAUUUCAGUUAUGCAGAUACGACUAUGAAAAUCUGGAAAAUCUCACAAAAGUUGUUAACCGGAAUUUGGGAAAGAUUCCUUACGAGAUUCAAUACAGCGACAUUGAUUACAUGGAACGACAACUUGAUUUUACAAUCGAUAACGAUACAUAUUAUGGACUUGAAGAUUUUGUAAGAAAUUUGAAAGAAGAAAAUAAAAUGAGAUACAUUAUCAUUCUUGAUCCUGCUAUAAGUGGAAAUGAAACCGCUGGAUCGUAUCCUCCAUUCGACAAAGGUGUGACAGACGACGUUUUUGUUAAGACACCCGAAGGUGAAAUAGCCUGGGGUAAAGUUUGGCCCGAUUAUCCAGGAGUAGAAGUUGACGAAUCGCAAGACUGGGACUAUCAAACUCAGAACUAUCGUGCGUUCGCUGCUUUCCCUGACUUCAACUUGGAUUCAACAGCCGAAUGGUGGAAAGAUUUGACGGUUGAUUUCCACGACAAAAUUCCUUUUGAUGGACUUUGGAUUGACAUGAACGAACCAGCGUCUUUUGUUCACGGAUCGCCUGACGGAUGUCCAGCUGAUAGUGCAUUAGAUUAUCCUCCAUAUGUUCCACAUCUUGCAAGUGGGAAUGUUUACGACAAAACGUUAUGCAUGAGAAAUAAGCAGCGACAUCCAACUACUGGAACAGAUACGGAUCAUUACAAUGUUCACAGUCUUUAUGGAAAAAGUCAAGGACCUCCGACUGUUGAUGCUUGCAGAGCAUCAACUGGAGAAAGGUGUAUGGUAAUAUCAAGAUCUACGUAUCCAGGAAGUGGGAAGCACGUUGGUCAUUGGUUGGGCGAUAACGCGAGUAUAUGGGAACAUCUACGAACUUCAAUCAUUGGUAUAAUGGAAUUCAACCUAUUUGGUAUACCUUAUAUUGGUGCCGAUGUCUGCGGUUUCUUUGUUGAUACAACAGAAAGUUUAUGUCGCAGAUGGAUGCAAGUUGGUGCUUUUUAUCCGUUUGAUAGAAAUCAUAAUGGUAAAGGAUGGGCUGAUCAAGAUCCUGGAUAUUUUGGGGAACAAUUUUUAGCUGAUUCGAAGAAAGUGCUGGAUGUUCGAUACACGUUAUUGCCGUAUUUAUAUACUUUGUUCUAUGAAGCACAAAGAACCGGUGCAACUGUUGUCAGACCAAUGAUGAACCAAUUUCCCAACGAUAUUAAUACAUAUACUGCGGAUGGGCAAUUCAUGUGGGGAUCAGCUCUUCUCAUCACACCCGUACUUACAGAGGCGACUACAUCAGUCGAUGGAUAUUUUCCAGCGGGGAGAUGGUUUGACUAUUACACCGGAGCGGAAAUGGCAGAAACUGGCAAAAUGUUAACUUUGGAUGCGCCCUCCGAUCACAUCAAUCUGCAUUUGUACGGUGGAAAUAUUAUUCCAACACAGGAACCUGCUUUGACAACAUUCUACAGUCGUCAGAAUCCGUUCGGAUUAAUUGUUGUGUUGAAUGAGAACGGAAGAGCCACUGGUGAAUUAUUCUGGGAUGAUGGAACAUCGAUUGAUACAAUAGCCAAUAUGAAAUAUACUUUGAUUGAAUUCGCAUGUGAAUCGAGUUCAUUAACAAGCCAAAUUGUGCAUUCAAACACCACCGCCGAAGAUAUGACAUUAGGAAGUAUUCGGGUCCUGGGCGUAUCUGAGUUUACAACAAAAGUUUUACUGAACGGAAACAGUCACCAUAAUUUUACAUACAAUGGGUUGACAAAAGAGUUGCAAAUCACUGGUUUGAUGGUUGACUUGAAAACGGCGUUUGAAAUUGUUUGGGAAUCAACAAUGGUUGAAGAAUCGGAACGAAUAGAUUGCUAUCCGGAUAACUCGGCUGCGACACAGGAACAAUGUUGGGAAAGGAGGUGCAUGUGGUCACCAGGAACGAACCAUGAUUCUCCGAACUGCUUUUAUAACGGGCCUGGAGCUUUUGUGAUUGACGGUGAUACCAAUGAAACACCCAGCAAGAUUUCCAGUACAUUAAUUUCAUCGGGUGCUUCAUUAAAUCACUUUGGUACGUUGUACGCAAAAUUGAACGUUCAAACAACAUAUAUUUCUGGCACAACAUUAAGAGUAAAGAUUUAUCCAGAUGAAACUAGAUAUGAGGUUCCUGUGGAGCAUCCUCUAAAUAUUGAUAGUCCAUCAGAUUCUUUGUAUUCUGUCGAGCAUUCAUAUGACGGUGGGAGGUUUGGUGUUAAAGUUCAACGUACAUCAGAAAAAAGAGUAAUUUUUGACACUUCUGUUGGAGAAAUGAUGUUUGCGGAUCAAUUUUUACAAAUUUCUACUCGCGUGGCUUCUGAAUAUAUCUAUGGAUUCGGCGAACAUAUGCAUGAAACCUUCAAACAUGAUAUGAAUUGGAAAACUUAUGGAAUGUUCUCAAGAGAUCAGGGGGUCGGGCCGAAUGUCAAUCUUUAUGGAGUUCAUCCGUAUUUCAUGUGUAUGGAGGGAGAUGGAAACGCAUAUGGAGUAUAUUUUGUCAACAGUAAUGCUAUGGACGUUACACUCCAGCCAGCCCCGGCAAUUACGUACAGGAGUAUCGGUGGCGUAAUGGACUUCUAUAUUUUUCUUGGACCUUCGCCGGAGCAAGUCACCGAGCAAUACACAUCCAUAAUAGGUCGACCUUACUUCCCACCCUACUGGUCUCUCGGAUUUCAGUUAUGCAGAUACGACUAUGAAAAUCUGGAAAAUCUCACAAAAGUUGUUAACCGGAAUUUGGGAAAGAUUCCUUACGAGAUUCAAUACAGCGACAUUGAUUACAUGGAACGACAACUUGAUUUUACAAUCGAUAACGAUACAUAUUAUGGACUUGAAGAUUUUGUAAGAAAUUUAAAAGAAGAAAAUAAAAUGAGAUACAUUAUCAUUCUUGAUCCUGCUAUAAGUGGAAAUGAAACCGCUGGAUCGUAUCCUCCAUUCGACAAAGGUGUGACAGACGACGUUUUUGUUAAGACACCCGAAGGUGAAAUAGCCUGGGGUAAAGUUUGGCCCGAUUAUCCAGGAGUAGAAGUUGACGAAUCGCAAGACUGGGACUAUCAAACUCAGAACUAUCGUGCGUUCGCUGCUUUCCCUGACUUCAACUUGGAUUCAACAGCCGAAUGGUGGAAAGAUUUGACGGUUGAUUUCCACGACAAAAUUCCUUUUGAUGGACUUUGGAUUGACAUGAACGAACCAGCGUCUUUUGUUCACGGAUCGCCUGACGGAUGUCCAGAUGAUAGUUCAUUAGAUUAUCCUCCAUAUGUUCCACAUCUUGCAAGUGGGAAUGUUUACGACAAAACGUUAUGCAUGAGAAAUAAGCAGCGACAUCCAACUACUGGAACAGAUACGGAUCAUUACAAUGUUCACAGUCUUUAUGGAAAAAGUCAAGGACCUCCGACUGUUGAUGCUUGCAGGGCAUCAACUGGAGAAAGGUGUAUGGUAAUAUCAAGAUCUACGUAUCCAGGAAGUGGGAAGCACGUUGGUCAUUGGUUGGGAGAUAACGCGAGUAUAUGGGAACAUCUACGAACUUCAAUCAUUGGUAUAAUGGAAUUCAACUUAUUUGGUAUACCAUAUAUUGGUGCCGAUGUCUGCGGUUUUUUUGUUGAUACAACAGAAAGUUUAUGUCGCAGAUGGAUGCAAGUUGGUGCUUUUUAUCCGUUUGAUAGAAAUCAUAAUGGUAAAGGAUGGGCUGAUCAAGAUCCUGGAUAUUUUGGGGAACAAUUUUUAGCUGAUUCGAAGAAAGUGCUGGAUGUUCGAUACACGUUAUUGCCGUAUUUAUAUACUUUGUUCUAUGAAGCACAAAGAACCGGUGCAACUGUUGUCAGACCAAUGAUGAACCAAUUUCCCAACGAUAUAAAUACAUAUACUGCGGACGGGCAAUUCAUGUGGGGAUCAGCUCUUCUCAUCACACCCGUACUUACAGAGGCGACUACAUCAGUUGAUGGAUAUUUUCCAGCGGGGAGAUGGUUUGAUUAUUACACCGGAGCGGAAAUGGCAGAAACUGGCAAAAUAUUAACUUUGAAUGCGCCCUUCGAUCACAUCAAUCUGCAUUUGUACGGUGGAAAUAUUAUUCCAACACAGGAACCUGCUUUGACAACAUUCUACAGUCGUCAGAAUCCGUUCGGAUUAAUUGUUGUGUUGAAUGAGAACGGAAGAGCCACUGGUGAAUUAUUCUGGGAUGAUGGAACAUCGAUUGAUACAAUAGCCAAUAUGAAAUAUACUUUGAUUGAAUUCGCAUGUGAAUCGAGUUCAUUAACAAGCCAAAUUGUGCAUUCAAACACCACCGCCGAAGAUAUGACAUUAGGAAGUAUUCGGGUCCUGGGCGUAUCUGAGUUUACAACAAAAGUUUUACUGAACGGAAACAGUCACCAUAAUUUUACAUACAAUGGGUUGACAAAAGAGUUGCAAAUCACUGGUUUGAUGGUUGACUUGAAAACGGCGUUUGAAAUUGUUUGGGAAUCAACAAUGGUUGAAGAAUCGGAACGAAUAGAUUGCUAUCCGGAUAACUCGGCUGCGACACAGGAACAAUGUUGGGAAAGGAGGUGCAUGUGGUCACCAGGAACGAACCAUGAUUCUCCGAACUGCUUUUAUAACGGGCCUGGAGCUUUUGUGAUUGACGGUGAUACCAAUGAAACACCCAGCAAGAUUUCCAGUACAUUAAUUUCAUCGGGUGCUUCAUUAAAUCACUUUGGUACGUUGUACGCAAAAUUGAACGUUCAAACAACAUAUAUUUCUGGCACAACAUUAAGAGUAAAGAUUUAUCCAGAUGAAACUAGAUAUGAGGUUCCUAUGGAGCAUCCUCUAAAUAUUGAUAGUCCAUCAGAUUCUUUGUAUUCUGUCGAGCAUUCAUAUGACGGUGGAAGGUUUGGUGUUAAAGUUCAACGUACAUCAGAAAAAAGAGUAAUUUUUGACACUUCUGUUGGAGAAAUGAUGUUUGCGGAUCAAUUUUUACAAAUUUCAACUCGCGUGGCUUCUGAAUAUAUCUAUGGAUUCGGGGAACAUAUGCAUGAAACCUUCAAACAUGAUAUGAAUUGGAAAACUUAUGGAAUGUUCUCAAGAGAUCAGGGGGUCGGGCCGAAUGUCAAUCUUUAUGGAGUUCAUCCGUAUUUCAUGUGUAUGGAAGGAGAUGGAAACGCAUAUGGAGUAUAUUUUGUCAACAGUAACGCUAUGGACGUUACACUUCAGCCAGCCCCGGCAAUUACGUACAGGAGUAUCGGUGGCGUAAUGGACUUCUAUAUUUUUCUUGGACCUUCGCCGGAGCAAGUCACCGAGCAAUACACAUCCAUAAUAGGUCGACCUUACUUCCCACCCUACUGGUCUCUCGGAUUUCAGUUAUGCAGAUACGACUAUGAAAAUCUGGAAAAUCUCACAAAAGUUGUUAACCGGAAUUUGGGAAAGAUUCCUUACGAGAUUCAAUACAGCGACAUUGAUUACAUGGAACGACAACUUGAUUUUACAAUCGAUAACGAUACAUAUUAUGGACUUGAAGAUUUUGUAAGAAAUUUAAAAGAAGAAAAUAAAAUGAGAUACAUUAUCAUUCUUGAUCCUGCUAUAAGUGGAAAUGAAACCGCUGGAUCGUAUCCUCCAUUCGACAAAGGUGUGACAGACGACGUUUUUGUUAAGACACCCGAAGGUGAAAUAGCCUGGGGUAAAGUUUGGCCCGAUUAUCCAGGAGUAGAAGUUGACGAAUCGCAAGACUGGGACUAUCAAACUCAGAACUAUCGUGCGUUCGCUGCUUUCCCUGACUUCAACUUGGAUUCAACAGCCGAAUGGUGGAAAGAUUUGACGGUUGAUUUCCACGACAAAAUUCCUUUUGAUGGACUUUGGAUUGACAUGAACGAACCAGCGUCUUUUGUUCACGGAUCGCCUGACGGAUGUCCAGCUGAUAGUUCAUUAGAUUAUCCUCCAUAUGUUCCACAUCUUGCAAGUGGGAAUGUUUACGACAAAACGUUAUGCAUGAGAAAUAAGCAGCGACAUCCAACUACUGGAACAGAUACGGAUCAUUACAAUGUUCACAGUCUUUAUGGAAAAAGUCAAGGACCUCCGACUGUUGAUGCUUGCAGAGCAUCAACUGGAGAAAGAUGUAUGGUAAUAUCAAGAUCUACGUAUCCAGGAAGUGGGAAGCACGUUGGUCAUUGGUUGGGAGAUAACGCGAGUAUAUGGGAACAUUUACGAACUUCAAUCAUUGGUAUAAUGGAAUUCAACUUAUUUGGUAUACCAUAUAUUGGUGCCGAUGUCUGCGGUUUUUUUGUUGAUACAACAGAAAGUUUAUGUCGCAGAUGGAUGCAAGUUGGUGCUUUUUAUCCGUUUGAUAGAAAUCAUAAUGGUAAAGGAUGGGCUGAUCAAGAUCCUGGAUAUUUUGGUGAACAAUUUUUAGCUGAUUCGAAGAAAGUGCUGGAUGUUCGAUACACGUUAUUGCCGUAUUUAUAUACUUUGUUCUAUGAAGCACAAAGAACGGGUGCAACUGUUGUCAGACCAAUGAUGAACCAAUUUCCCAACGAUUUAAAUACAUAUACUGCGGACGGGCAAUUCAUGUGGGGAUCAGCUCUUCUCAUCACACCCGUACUUACGGAGGCGACGACAUCAGUCGAAGGAUAUUUUCCAGCGGGGAGAUGGUUUGAUUAUUACAAUGGAGAGGAAUUGUCCGAAUGGGAAAAUGGCAAAAUGUUAACUUUGAAUGCGCCCUUAGAUCACAUCAAUCUGCACCUGUACGGUGGAAAUAUCAUUCCAACACAGGAACCUGCUUUGACGACAUUCUACAGUCGUCAGAAACCGUUUGGAUUAAUUGUUGUGUUGGAUGAGAAUGGAAGAGCCACUGGUGAAUUAUUCUGGGACGAUGGAACAUCGAUCGAUACAAUAGCCAAUAUGGAAUACACUUUGGUUGAAUUCUCGUGCGAAUCGAGCGUGCUGUCUAGCCGUUUGAUUCACACAAAUACACCGAAUGAAAAUAUGACACUCGGUACAAUGCGAAUCAUGGGAGUUACAGGAACUGUAACGAGAAUAGUAGUUGAUGGAGUAGGUCACGACAAUUUUACACACGAUGGAAGCACAAACGAGGUUUCGGUUAAAGGCCUUACACUGGAUUUGAUGAAACGCUUUGAAAUUCGUUGGGAGGUCGAUGAUGCAUGGAAACGAGUUGACUGUAUGCCAAGCAAAGCAAAGGACCCUAAAGAGGCUGAAUGUACAGCCCGAGGAUGCAUGUGGGAUGCAAGUGGUGAUGGGGCGUCGUCACCUCUAUGUUAUUACAUGGAUUCAGCUACACCAGGUUAUUCGGUCACUACUCGCAGUGGAAGCAACACUCAUACUUUGAUACGCUCUGGUGCGACAACCGAAAGAUACGGAACACCGGUAGAAAGUUUGCAAUUGGAUCUGGAAUAUCAAACUGAUAACAGAUUGCAUUUUAAGAUUAAGGAUGCGACCGGCUCUUCAACAGAAAUCCCUUCCGAACUAAACAACUUCCCAACCAACGUAGGAUCCAAUGAAACGAAAGCGCAUUACAGAGUCGAAAUCACGGACAACCCUUUCAGUAUUAAAGUUUCAAGAAAUUCUACUGGCAAAGUUUUAUUUGACACCUCUGUGGGGCCAGUAGUGUAUGAAGAGAAAUACAGAGAAAUAUCAACAAGCUUACCGUCUGAUCUUGUGUUUGGACUUGGAGAACAUAAUCAUAGAAGAUACAGGCAUAAUCUCAACUGGAAGAGAUGGGCGAUAUUCUCUCGAGAUGUUGCACCAGUUGACGAAUGGAAUUUGUAUGGACAUCAAACGUUUUACAUGUCUGUUGAUGACCCAGAAACUGGCACCGCUGUCGGCGUUUAUUUUCACAACUCUAAUGCAAUGGAUGUAUUUUUCACACCGGAUCCAAAACUUACUUACAGAACAGUGGGUGGAGUGCUGGAUUUUUAUAUAUUCAUUGGCAAUACACAAGAAGAAGUUGUUCAACAUUUUCAUAAUUUCAUUGGUCUGCCCAUGAUGCCUCCGUACUGGGGUCUUGGAUUCCAAUUGUCAAGAUGGGGAUACGAAUCACUAGAUGAGGUUAAAGGAAUCGUAGAUGAUAUGAGAGCUGCGAAGAUACCUUUCGAUGUCCAGUAUGGUGACAUUGAUUACAUGGAAAGGUACAAAUCAUUCACUUACGAUAACACUUCCUGGAAGGGACUUCCUGCAUACGUAGAUGAGCUUCAUGACUUGGGAAUGAGGUACGUCAUCAUUCUCGACCCGGGUAUUCUGAUUGAAGAUGGAUAUAAAGCGUACGAUGAAGGAUUAGCAGAAGAUAUUUAUAUAAAAACGCCAGAUGGUUCAAAACCAAUAAAAACAGAGGUAUGGCCCGGAGAAACCUAUCAUCCAGACUACACGCAUCCUAAUGCUACGUCAUGGUGGACGAAUCAAUGCCAAGAUUUUUAUGUAAACCAGAAUGUAAAAUACGACGCUCUCUGGGUGGAUAUGAAUGAACCAGCAAAUUUUCAACCAGACAAUGCAACUAAACUUGAAGCCAUGAAUUGCAGCGAUGAAUACAACAGACCAGCAUACAUUCCAAAUAUAUUAUGGUACGGGGUAGGAUUGCACGACAAAACAUUGUGCAUGGAAAACCAACAAUACAUGGGAUUGCAUUAUGAUCUACACAGUUUAUAUGGCCACACAAUGUCUAUUGCCACCUACGAGGCUCUUCAGACUGUAAUGCCUGACCGUAGAAGCUUCGUAAUCACCCGAUCAACCUUCACCGGUACAGGAAAAUAUGCUGGGCAUUGGCUUGGUGAUAAUCAGAGUCAGUGGAGACAAAUGCCGUGGCCAAUACCAGCUAUGUUUGAAUUUAAUCUGUUUGGAUUUCCAUAUAUCGGUGCCGACGUAUGUGGAUUCUGGUUCAAUACUACAGAGGAAAUGUGUCAGAGAUGGAUGCAAGUUGGAGCUUUCUAUCCAUUUAGUAGAAAUCAUAAUGCGAAAACCAUGAUUUCGCAACAUCCAACAGCAUUUGGAGCCGAUUUUGCAGCCUCAUCUAAACAAGUCCUCGAGAUUCGUUAUAGCAUUCUUCCAUAUAUGUACACACUUCAUUAUCAAGCAAGCACCUUUGGUGGUACAGUUGUGAGGGCUUUAGUACAUGAAUUUCCUCAAGACAAAGAUACUUGGGAUGCUGACAGGCAAUUUUUAUUAGGAAGCGGAUUUUUGAUCACACCUGUGCUUGAUGAAGGUGCGGUUAGUGUAACUGGAUAUUUUCCAAAAGAUGCAAGAUGGUACGAUUAUCGAACCGGUGAAGAAUUGACUCAAUCUGGAAGAUUCGUUUCACUUGACGCCCCACUUGACUACAUUAACUUGCACGUCAGGGGUGGAUUUAUCAUUCCCAGACAGAAUUCGGCCGUGACUACAACAGAAGCAAGAAAGAAUCCUAUGUCUUUGUUAGUUCCAUUGGAUGAUUCUGAUUCAGCUAUGGGCACGUUGUACUGGGAUGAUGGCGAAGCAAGAAAUGUUGGUGAAAAUUACGUCUUGCUAAAUUUCAGCUGUACACACUCGAGUUUGCAGAUCGAUAUCGUCCACCCAGCGCAAGGCAUUGAUAUUUCAACGUUGCAUUUUGAAAAAAUCACCGUUUAUGGAGUAUUACAGUCAGUCGGCAGCGUUACUGUAUCCACAAAUGGGGGCGCGCCAACAGCUGCAACCAACAAUUACAAUGCAAUGCUGAAUGUUCUGGAUAUCACUGGACUUAAUUUAACGCUUUCUCAAAGCCACGAAGUUAUUUGGACGUAAUUUUUAGUUUUGUAAACACAAAUUUAAAUACCAUUGUUGACAAAAUUACCAGCAUUUAGCUUCAAAGCAUCGUUCUCAGAUUUUGAAUUUACAUUUCUUAUUGAUAAGGAUUGAUUGUCCAAAAUUCAUUCACGCCUUAGACUUUUGCGAAUCUUUUUUUUAAACAGUAAUUUGAAUGUAUUUUAUAUGUAUUUUAUAAUUCUAUUGCUAAUAUCUAUAAGCAAAAUAACAGCUUGGGCUAAGAUUAGAUUUUACAUAUUCAAAUAUUAUGAAAAUAGAAAGAUGUUGGCAUUGCUUAACUUUGCAAUCAGAUACACGUACCAAAUGAUACGCAUAUUUUGAUCUAAUUAGAAUUUUGUGCGUGGAUCGGCAAUCUUGUAUACGUUUCUCAUUAAUGUUUAUGAACAUGGAUCAAAGUCGCUGUAGCUAGUCAAUUUUUAAUGCGAAUAAUUGUUCAAUUUUGUUGUUCUAAUAAAUCACAUGAU